UUAUUCACAUGCCCACUUUUUUCCAAUUAGAAGAUUUUUUCGACGGCGGGUUGGUUUUUGUUCUUUUGGGUUUACGAGUAAAAUUACAUAAAUUAAAUAAAUUUUGUGAAUUAAAUAGUGUUUCGAAUCGACAAAAUUGUAUGCAAAUCAAUUAGGUUUUUAUUUGUUUUAAUAAAUUUGCAAUAAAUUCGUGCUCUCAACACACUAGGAGAGCAAUAAACAACGAAAAAAGAACAGAAUAGUGAGUAAAGAACAGUAGGAGUGACUUCCCAGCCACAAAACAGCAACAACAACCACACACACAACACCAUGUCCACAUCCUUGAAGUUUGGCAAUGUAAAGCUAACCAAAUGGCAAUUGGCCCUGCUGAUAGGUACUCCAUUGGCCAUUGGUGCGGGUAUUUAUGUUUAUCGCAAGGUAAAUGCUCCCUCCAGCAGUUCCGAUGAGAGUGGCAAAAAGAAACAAAAGGCUUUGGAUGCGAACAAACAAUCCCUGUCCAUUGAUGGCACCACCGAAGACAAGGAAUUGGAAAAGAAAAAGAAGACUGUGGAAUUGGAGAAUGAAAAAUUGUCUCCCCUCAAGGAGGCCACCAUGUUCAAGAACGAGGGCAAUGCUUGUUAUCGUAAUGGUAAAUUCGAUGAAGCCAUUAGCUUUUACGACAAAGCCAUUGACAAAUGUCCCAAAGAUAAUAAAACCGAUUUGGCAAUUUUCUAUCAAAAUCGUGCCGCCAGCUAUGAAAUGUUACGCAAAUGGCCAAAGGUAAAGGAGGAUUGUACCAAAUCGCUGGAAUACAAUCCACGUUAUGCCAAGGCAUAUUUCCGUCGUGCCAAGGCUUAUGAGGCCACCAAUGAAAUCUCUGAAUGUUUGGAUGAUGUCACAGCCACGUGCAUUUUGGAAAUGUUCCAAAAUAACAAUACAAUUUUAUAUGCCGAUCGCAUUUUGAAACAGACGGGACGUGAAGAUGCCGAAAAGGCAAUUAAGGAUAAGAAACCUGUACUACCGUCGAAGAGCUUUAUUAACACCUAUAUGCGUUCCUUUGUCUCGGAUCCAAUUAUGACAAUGACUCUGCCCGAGACAUUGGAUAAGUCGCAUGGUUUCGGUCGUGCCAAGCAGGCCUUGGACAGUGAAAAGUAUGAAGAUAUUGUUGCGGCCUGUACCGAAGAACUGGAAUCAUCUGAAUCGGAAUCACAAUAUAAGACGGAAGCUUUGCUGUUACGUGGUACUUUCCAUUUGAUUUCGGGCUCUUUUGUGGAGGCUCAACAGGAUUUGGAUGCUGUGAUCAAUAAUGAUGACGCCGAUAAGAAGUUACGUACAUAUGCCUUGAUAAGACGUGCCUCGCUUUAUAUUCAACAAGAAAACAAAGAUGCCGGUAUUGAAGAUUUCGCCAAAGCCCAGAAACUGCAACCUGAAUGUGCCGAUAUCUAUCAUCAACGGGCGCAAAUCUUUAUUUUAUUGGAUCAGCUAUCUGAAGCUUUAGAUGAUUUUGAAAAGGCCGUGAAGUUGGCACCCAGUAAUGCCAUGGCCUAUGUGCAAAAAUGUUAUGCCGAAUAUCGUGUUGCUCUUAUGUCACAGGAUCAAAUGCGUUUAAUGAUGGUUAUGAAUGAGUUCAAGAAUGCCGUCGAAAAAUAUCCCGACUGUGUGGAAUGUUAUAGUUUGAUGGCUCAGGUGUUGAGUGAUCAACAACAAUUCCCCCAGGCGGAACAAUUCUAUGAGAAGGCCAUGAAAUUGGCUCCCGAUAAUGCUUCGUUGCUGGUACAUCGCGGUAUUAUGAGCCUGCAAUGGAAGGGCGACAUUGCCCUGGCCAUUGAAUUGAUGGAGAAGGCAAUUGCAAUUGAUGAUAAAUGUGGUUUGGCCUAUGAGACAUUGGGCACCGUCGAGGUGCAACGUGCCAACUUGGAUAGGGCUGUUGAGCUGUUCGAAAAAGCAAUUAAAUUGGCUAAGAGUCAGGCGGAAAUGUGCCAUUUGUGUGCCCUGAGAAACGCUGCAGUGGCUCAAAUAAAUGUUACACGUAAACUGGGCAUACCCAUGUCCUCAAUAUCCGCCCUGGCGGAGGCGAGCAUAAUGGGUCAAUCGGCACAAAUGGCAGGAAAUUAAGUUUAAGUUUCUCCUCCUUCUUCUUUAAAUUAUUCUAUGAUUUUCUAAAAACAAAAAUGACUAAGGCAUUAACUUAAAAUAUUC